GUGUCGUGUGGUGAGUCUCGUGUGGUGAGUGAGUGUCGUGUGGUGAGUGAGUGUCGUGUGGUGAGUGAGUGUCGUGUGGUGAGUUCUAGGGGAGUGAGUAUCGUGUGGUGAGUGUCGUGUGGUGAGAUUCUUUGGGGAGUGGAAUCAAAGCAGAAGACGGCUGCGAGGAGAGAGAGACUGAGAGCGGAACUCCUCACCGCCGCCACUCAAUGUGAAGAGACUUCGCCUCUCCUCGCCAUGCUAGCUGCCGCAUAAGUCGCGCAGUCGACGCGGCCGUGAAGAGCGAUCGGAAGGCGGCAAACGGAGACUCAGCAGGGAGAGUCGCCGAGAGUGGACGCGAGGAGAGCCGCGGAGAGGUUCGUGGGGAGAGUCGAGGGGCGAGGCGAGGCUGAAUGGAGACGCGGGAGCGAGCGGGAGGCGACGUCUGGAUAACGGAGGGGCAGGGCCCCGGAGGGACCCCCUGACGGGGCCCCCCCGCGCCCGCGCCCCCGGGGGGCCCCCUCGCCCCCCCGGGUGGGCCCCAUGCCCCCCUGGGCCGACCCCCCGAUGCCGCCGCCUCGCGCGCUCUGCCUCCUGGGGGCCCUGGCGGCAGCGGGGAUACUCGUGGUGGUGGCGCUGAGGAACAGGGCCUCCCGUGAUGGCCAGCUGGCUGUGGGCACGUGUGAGGUGGUGGCCCUGGACCGGGAUGGCUCGGACGUGGCCCGCACCGUGGCGCGCCAGACGGCGCGCUGCGCCUGCAGGAGGGGUCGCAUCGCGGGCACCACCAGGGCCCGGCCGGCCUGCGUGGAGGCGCGCGUGAUCCGCGGGAGGCAGUGGUGCGAGAUGCGUCCCUGCGCGCUGGGUGAGCAGUGCGCGGUGCUCGCCAACCAGGCGGGCUGGACCUGCACCCAGCCGGGAGGCCGCACCAAGACCACCACGGUAUAGCAGCCCACGCCGGUGUCCUGACACUUCAACCACAAGCACUGCUGCCCAGGUGCACUACCACCUGCUGCCCAGGUGCACUACCACCUGCUGCCCAGGUGCACUACCACCUGCUGAUACCCAGGUGCACUGCCACCUGCUGCCCAGGUGCACUGCCACCUGCUGCUGCCAAGGUGCACUACCGCCUGCUGCUGCCAAGGUGCACUACCGCCCGCUGUGCGCGUGUUAGCUGAGGCAGCUGAUAUCGCCGACUGCAUCUCCAACGCUUCGCAGGCGCAGCGGCGCAUCGCGGGACGACUCAACAGCGGCCUUCCGCUGUCGAGACGAUUCUCCGUGACCCAGCGGUGAGAACUCAGGGGGCCCAGGAUGGAGUCUCGUUCGCCGGAGUGACCCGGGGCACCCAAUCUGGGCAGUCUGGGGCGCCCAGUCUGCGUCACCACAAUGACAAAAAGCUAAACAAAUCACGUGAUGCAGUCACAGCUGCUGCAGAACUCACAGCGGCAGCGGCAGCAGCAGCUGGAGCAGACCAGGACCUUGUGUAGCUCAACUGCUACAGCUGCAACGGAACUCACCACAGCUGCAGCUGCUGCAGCCAAAGAUGACACGGGCUCAGAAUGGAACCGCAGCUCUCGUCGGACCCUCACGGCAGCCGCCCCGCGUCCCCACGUGGCGCCCGUGGACACGAACGAGGUGCGGUGGUCACCGGGCUCGUUGACGAGCUGGUCACGGGGGUCACGGAGGAGGUCGCGGGGGUCCCGGACUCCCACCCCCCACACUCCUGCUCCCCUACCCCUGGUGCUCGCGGAGUCAAAUAAAGUCGCUCCUCUCCCUC